AUGGCAAUCAAUCACAAUCAAGAGCGAGAGCAGAGUUCGGUUAUUAUUAGCAGACAUCAGCGUGCGGAUCCUUCAAUGCAUUAUUAUGAUACAUGUCCUAUUUGCUAUACACGACCGGGUAUGCCUCUAGUGCCUCCCCUCAAUUUUGCAAUGAUAGGUUCAGGUGUGUAUCGGUCAGGACACCCAAACAAGCAGAACUUCGCGUUUUUGAGAAAGCUUGGAUUGAAAACAAUAUUAUAUUUUGCAAUGGAAGACUAUCCUCCAGAAAUGCAGCAUUUUGUCGAGCAAGAAGGGAUUGAGGUCUUGCACUAUCGUACUGAAGGAAAUAAGGAGCCGUUUGUGGAAGUGAAUCCUGAAGACAUAUCACACGCACUGGUUAAGUUGCUGGAUAAGAGAAGCCAUCCAGUGCUUAUCCAUUGUUUAAAAGGAAAGCAUCGAAUCGGUUGUUUAGUGGGCUGUUUAAGAAAGAUUCAAAGAUGGUCAAUGACCUCAAUAUUUGAUGAAUAUCGAAAAUUUGCAGGAACCAAAGUGCUCGCAGAUCAAGAGUUUAUAGAGACAUUUGACCACGAUUUGGUACCUUACGAUCAUCAACAUCGACCCAGUUGGCUGUAA